UUUUUUCCGUCCAUUCAGACAAUAAACAUUUUGACACUUUUCUUGUUUUUGGUACGUUUAGUUUCUUGCGGAGUUAAGAGUGUUAUUCAUAGAUUUUUUUUAGAAGAAUCGUUCGCCCCCGCCGCCACCCUGAAGUUCAUUGUUAUUAUCUUGGCCGCCGGAAUGGUGGCCUUCAUCGGAGCGGUUAUCUGCAUCAUCGCAGCCGUCCACACCGGAUCCUCCAGAGCUGCCGCGGCGCAACACCAACCAGCAACCGACAACCACUCGGUGUAUCCGGACUCUGCAGCGCAGACCCCCGCUGCAGGGGGCUCCGUGGCCCGGGCCGGAUCGUUGGGAGCUCUCCAUGGUUCUGAAACGCCCGAUUCAGAAGCACCAACCUUCAACGUCGGGCUCGGCGGGCUGGACGGAGUCACUGGACUCACUGGACAUGACCCAACCGUCAGUCGACUCAUCUGCACGCCGAUCCCCGCGGGGGAGUGCAACCCGAAAAACUUUCAGCAACAAGCGGAAGACCCGUCGCUGUACGCGGGGGAAGAUUGGGGCUACCUCCGCACCACCGCGGAGGAGCUCCGGCAGACAGUCCUGCAGCAGAAGGACCAGAUAUUAACAGACCAGCGGACCAUCAGAGAGCUGACGGGGAAACUGUCCGAGUGCGAGAAGGGGCUGGACGGCAGGAGCAGCAACGCCGACAGACGUGGGAGCGCCGCUGGGCUGUUGGGAGGAAAAAGCACCGACGAAGGGACCCACCUGGAGAGGAUCAUGGUGCGGGACAGUCCGGCUUCGACGCCCGACAGUGUCCACUUGCUCACCGUCAGGGCUGUGGAUGAACUGGAGCAGGCUAUCACUCAGCUCAAAGACCGCAUAGAGAAGCUGGAGUCAGACAUUGGCCCAUUCCCUCACAACCAGACGGACAGCAACACCUCAGGAGUGCCAGAGGAAGGCGGGAUGUCUGGCAGCCCAGAAGGGUUGGCUGAUCGUGGGCCCAGAGCUGGUGCUGACAGGCCCUGGAGGAUGGAAGACUUUGAGGGGGAGCUAGAAAGGAAGGUGGAGCUGCUGGACAGAGAGAGAAAAGCCCUGAGGCUGGCAACAGAGAAACACAGACAGGAAAUUGACCGGGGCAUCAAUAAACUACACCACCGAAUCUCAGGACUGGAAGUAGGUAUCUCAGGCCAUUCUUUCCCAGAGGGUUACAGACUUUCCUUCCCAACUCGGACAAACUACAUGUACGCUGUUGUGAAGCACUCCAUCCCGAUGCUGCGGGCCUUCACAGUCUGCCUGUGGUUGCGACCAGCGGAGGGAGGAAUCGGGACACCUCUGUCUUAUGCUGUUCCUGCACAACCCAAUGAACUGGUGCUGCUGCAAGGUCUGCACACUCCCGCUGAGCUGCUCAUAAAUGACAAGGUGGCGCAGCUGCCGCUAAACCUCUCCAGAGGCAGCUGGCAACACAUCUGUGUGAGCUGGAGCCAGAAGGGAGGAGCCUGGCAGGCCUAUCAGGGUGGAAAGCUGAGGGGCGAGGGUCAUGCACUGGCAGCCGGUCAUCACAUCAGACCUGAAGGAGUGCUCGUGCUGGGCCAGGAACAGGAUUCCCUGGGUGGAGGGUUUGACUCAUCCCAGGCCCUGGUUGGAGAGUUGUCCCAGGUGGGUCUUUGGGAUAGGGUCCUGUCUUCAAGCCAGGUGGCCAGCUUGGCCCGCUGUGGCAAAGUAACCCAUGGCAGUGUGGCCCCCUGGACCGAGAAUGGAGUUGAGGUUUAUGGUGGAGCAACCAAGGACCCAGGAGAGCCUUGUAGUAAACACAACAGAAGCUCUCAAUGACUGAAUAUGGAAACACUUUAAGAAAAGUGGAAGUGAACGUGUGUGU